AUGGCCAGCAUAGAUGAUAUAUUUAAGAAGUCUGGGCUACCUAGCAAAAGAAAGCUAGAAACUCUGCGUGACCCGAACGAGGUUUAUAAAGCUAACAAGCUUAGCGCCACUGGUGACUCGAGUCGCCGCGCUCGCGUCGACGACGAAGAUGUUGAGCCAACAACAAGUGGCGCGGAUGCUGACGAAAAUGGCGAGGAUUUUGGCCCAGCCAUGCCUCCAAAUGACGAAGGCGAUGACGAUGAAGGUCGAUUUUUUGGCGGAGGAAUAACACAACAAGAGUCUGAGAUUCUGGAAUUCGUCAAUGAAGUUGAAGAGGGCAAGGAGGAAAAGAUUGAUGCAGUUUGGUUGCGCAAGACAGUGCUAAACUUCGAAAAACGUAUCACGAAAAACGCCGAAUUGCGUGCGAAAUUCGAAAGUGAACCCCAGAAGUUCAUAUCGAGCGAAGCCGAUCUCGACGCGGACAUUAAGAACCUUUCAAUCCUCGCAGAACAUCCCGAGCUCUACCUCGACUUUGUAAAGCUUGGUUCAGCUAACAGCCUAGUGGGCUUGCUGGCGCACGAAAACACAGACAUUGCUAUAGAUGCAAUUGAGCUAAUUGGAGAGCUUACGGAUGAGGAUGUCGCUGCCGAAGAUGAGUACUUUGAUGCGCUCGCAGAUGCCCUCUUGGACGCGGAUUUGAUUGAUCUGCUUACUUCAAACUUCUCACGACUAAACGAGGAUGAUGAGUCAGAUCGUAAUGGCGUCUAUUAUGCUAUGGGAGUACUAGAAAACCUCUGCUCACGAUCUGCAUAUGCAACCCGCAUCGGUCAAGACAGCCGUCUGCGUCAAUGGCUCUUAGAACGUGUUCAACGCAAAGAGGCAAAUGUUUCGCAGAAUAAGCAGUAUGCAGCUGAAAUAAUAGCUAUACUUGCGCAGGGGUCGCCCGAGAAUAGAUCUCUACUUGCGAGUUCUAAUGCUGUGGAUAUUUUGCUGCAGCUGAUUGCCCCAUAUCGCAAGCGAGAUCCUUCUCGCGGUAGCGAUGAGGAAGAGUACAUGGCAAACCUAUUUGAAGGACUCACCUGCAUGGUUGAUGAAGAGCAAGGAAAGCAGCUGUUUAUCGAGGCCGAAGGUCUUGAGCUUUGUUUGAUCAUAUUGAAGGAGGGCAAGAUGGCAAGGACACCAGCUUUACGAUUACUGGACCACGCAUCAGUGGGUACGGGCAGCAUCGACAUGUGCUUGAAGCUUGUCGAUGCCGGUGGCCUGAAAAGCCUCUUUACCAUCUUUAUGAAAACAAAGGAUCCUCGGCAGUUGGAUCACUUGCUGACAAUUUUUUCCAACAUGCUUCGCCGUCUUCCUGCAGAUUCCCCUGAGAGGAUUCGAACACUAGUCAAAUUCGUGGAAAAGGAUUAUGAAAAGCUUAAAAGGGUAAUGAGCCUACGAUGGGAAUAUAGCUCUCGUGUCAAGAUGGCAGAGCAAGACUUCCUAGGCAACCGGCACUCAGCAAUAGAUGACGACGAGCUUCAAAUUGAGCUCAUGUCGCAACGAUUAACUGCUGGUCUAUUUACUUGGCAAGUUAUUGACAACAUUUUGGCUUGGCUGGCAGUCGAGGACAUGGGCGCAAAGAAACUAAUCACAUCACUGCUUGCAGAUAGAGACGAGGGGUUAGAUUCUCUUAGAGCGACGCUGAAGAGCCAAGUUGAUGGACUAGACGAUGAUCAGGAUACUGUCGAGCUCAAGGAUAUGCUCACUGUACUGAUCGAUAUUUUGUAA